AGACUUCUCGCGAUAGUUGCAGCAGCAGCUGAGAUCCCUGGAGCAGAGGGACUUGACAUGUCAACAAAAGAGAUAAAUUAUCACCACACAGGCAUGUAAAUGUCUCCUGGUGUGGAAUAACCUGACAGGGAAAACGUGAACCCCCCUCCAAUCCAUCCUCUCCAUCAGCAUCUUCACCUGCAGUCUCCAUGACGACCCCUCCUCUCGUGUCACCUUUUGGCGGGCAGCCGCCACCUCAGCAGCAGCAACAGCAGCAGCAGGCUCAGGCGGCACGGGACGUCAACACGGCCUCGCUGUGUCGCAUCGGCCAGGAGACGGUCCAAGACAUCGUCCUCAGGACCAUGGAGAUCUUCCAGCUCCUCAGAAACAUGCAGCUGCCUAAUGGAGUCACUUACCACCCCAACACCCAUCAGGACAGGCUGGGGAAACUCCAGGAGCAUCUACGAACGCUUUCUGUGCUCUUCCGCAAGCUGCGCCUCGUCUACGAUAAAUGCAACGAAAACUGUGCCGGUCUCGACCCCAUACCUCCAGAGCAACUGAUACCCUUUGUGGAAGAUGACGGCUCCAAACAUGAAGACCGAUCAGGUGGGCAGAGCCGCUCUGCCAGUGAGGAAAGGAGAGAAAUCCUGGAGGUCAACAAGAAACUGAAGCAGAAGAACCAGCACCUGAAACAGAUCAUGGACCAACUCCGCAACCUCAUCUGGGAGAUCAACUCCAUGCUGGCUGUCAGGAGCUGAGCCACACACACAAACACAUGUGUACAAGGUGCAAUCAGAAAGUUUAGAGACGGUAUCUAUAAAAUCUUUAAAAUUAACGUAGUCUUUAGGACAGGCUGCAUCUCAUCCACAGCUUCCAAAUAACAGCUGUUUUAAUGUGAAGCUUAUUUUGUGAGCAAGGAUGAUCUAAGUAAACAGCUUGUAGGGACCUACUUCUUUAGCAACAACGCAAGGCAUAGGGUGGGUAGCGGGUGUGUCAGUGUGGCCAGAGAACCUGUGCAUUGUCACCAUGAACCACCGAGCUGCUGUCGUGCCCAAGUUUGUGUUGGUUUAAUCUUCUCCCUCAGGACGUUGCUGCAGAACUCAUUGACAGUCUUACACUGUGGAUGAAUUCACAGUGCACACACUGAAUGUUGAUUUAAACAAUGCAAAGCAUGCUCUUUGUUGUGCACUUCAUGCUUUGGCACUUUAGGUUCUUCUCCUGCAAAAACAACCUGUUUAGUUGUUAAUGCAAAGCAAAACAGCCAACUAAAAUCGAUGAUCUGCGAGACAGAUUUUGGCUCAUUCUGGGGUCUGUUGAUAGAUCUGCUUGCAGACUCUGAGACAGUGUGCCUGUUUCACGGCAUAAAUGUGCCACUGCACGUGGAUACAAAAAUAUCAAUGACCCCUGACUCACAAAAGUUAAUUCAAUCACCCGUUCGCAUUCACAUAAUCAAUGUCUCAGUCGAUUCUUUCUCAACAGGCACAAUCUCAGAGUUUUUUGAUUGCACCUUGUAUGUAGGACAUCCACAGGUACACAUGGACUACAGAUAACGGAUUGGUGAUAGGUUCUUAAACUGGAUGUAUGACAGGUUACCACAGACUGGCUGAAGCAGCGCUUUACAGAAGGAAUUGGUACUUUAGCAAUAUCAACAGGCUUCUAAAAGAAGACAUUAAAGAACAGAGGAUACAUGAGAGGAGACAAAUGAGGACAAGACAUCCCAUGGAGGAGCCAGGGGAUGGAGGGCACCGGUGUCAUCAGCAUGGCAGAAAAUAUUCUGUCUACCUCGACAUUCAACAUUACAAUCAGCGUUGUUUUUUUUUCUUCUCUCAGUUAAUCUGAAGAGUUAAUGUUUUAUCUGUCUGUAGCUGCUAGCUCAAUAGAGGGUUUAUGCCUGUAGAGAAAUUGAUAUAUUCUAUUUAAUCCUUAUAUUCUGUUACAUGCCUAUGUUACAAAUGUAUAUUGUACCUGAGAACUUCAAUAAGAAAAAACACUGUGGCAAAAUCACGAGUCGUAU